AACCCAGUUGUCAAAACAACAGCAAAACAGACCAGCUAACUUUUUCAUUUCCGAUUUUUUCGUCGUCGGAGAGUCUGCAUCUGCUACGUUUUACCGGUGAAAAUCUGGGACCAGCUCAACAUCCGGACAGUCGACUAGUCCGUGCACAUUCCAGCAACCAUGUCUCAAGAAGUGGAGGAAACUCUGAAGCGAAUCCAGUCGCACAAGGGCGUCGUCGGAACGAUCGUCGUCAACAAUGAAGGCAUCCCGGUCAAGAGCACGCUGGACAACACGACCACCGUCCAGUACGCCGGCCUGAUGAGCCAACUCUCGGACAAGGCGCGCAGCGUCGUCCGCGACCUGGACCCGUCCAACGACCUUACCUUUUUGCGCGUGCGCUCCAAGAAGCACGAGAUCAUGGUCGCCCCCGACAAGGACUUUCUGCUGAUUGUGAUCCAGAACCCGACGGAUUAGAUUAGGGCGGUUCUUUCGUAAGUAGAGUGUGGUACGCGAAAACGAUUGAAAAUUGGUAUUUAUUUAAAACGCUGUAACGCUGCUGCUAUUUGUGUAACCGAGUAAAAAUCUUCAUUUUAUUUCCAUUUGCUAAAAUCACAACUGUGUCGUUUAGUUGUAGAAGUACUACUGA